GGUGUUACCAUUUUGCACGGCCUUGUACAAAAUGUACAUAGAAAUGGAUCGCUACGAACUCGGAUUCAGUGACUUGGGAAUAUUCAAUACUUUUCGCAUCAUGAAGUUCAAUCGGACGAUGCCGGUUCUGAAUGGAUCUUAUACCCUAAAUCGAGACUUGGAUGACGAUUAUGAGAUUGGAUUUACCUGCGCCCGGAGUCCUCUCGGUAACAAUCAGUACCAGGAGUAUCCGAUGAAAUUGAGUCGGCUGCCGAUCUGUCAGUUCAUCAAAUCCUACGGACACGAGUACCAGCACCUGUAUCUGAACUACUCGAACACGCCCUACUGUCCACCGGAAGGGUUCUGUCCGUUUCCCAAGGGCCUGUAUUGGUUCAAGAACAUGCACAUAGAUUCGAAUAUUUUCCCGCCGGUGUUCCCGGAGGGCUAUUACCGGUGCUAUCUGGAUGUGUACCAUGUUCCAACCAAGAAGCACAUGCAUCACCAGGCGUUCUACACGCGUAUUCGUAAGGAGCUGCUGAAAACGGAAAUACCUGUUUGAUGCAAACAUCAAACAUUGAAUUUUUAUUUCUAAUAAGGCUGGUACAAAUAUCAAUUUCUUCUUUUGGCAGUCUUUUUUACACGGUUUUCCGCAAUUAUCACGCAUUUUUACACGGUUUUCGGGAUUUAACACAGUUUUUUUGCACGGUUUUUCACGCGGAUAUACCAGUGUAAAAAACCUUGGUGUAUAAUUACAAAAAUUACAGGAAUAAAAAAAAUGUAAAAAAACGGUAAAACUGUCAAAAAACGAUAAAAAAGACAAAAAUUAUCAAAUUUAAGAAAUGAAAAAAAAAAUUACAAAACAGACAAAAUGUCAAAAUUUGGCAAAAAUUACAAAAUUCACCAAUAGGAUUAAA